AUGAUUAUUGAGUAUCAAUUAAUUUGGUUAAUUAUUAUGAAUAUUUCUAAUUUUUUUCAGGAAUGUGUUAAUGCUGUGAGGGAUCCACGUCCAAUUUAAUAUCAACCAUCAAUGCAAAUAAGUGAAGGAGAGAUUUUAGUCAAAGGAAAAACGUUAGGUAGAUGGGAAUCUAAGAAAUUUAUUAUUGAUGAGGAAAAAAGAGUUUUUGCACUUAGAAGUUCUAAUGGAAAAACAAGACUAAAACCAUAUUUCUUAUAAGAGUAUUAAGUAUAUAGUUAUUUAUUAAAAAUCUAAGGUUGAGAAUAAAGAAAAGAAAAAAGAUAAAAUAACAUUUGAUUUAACAUCUAAAACUGGAGGAAAAUGUUUAACUCUUGGAAUUGAAAAUGAACAAAAGGCAAAUGAAUUAAUAAAUACUCUUUAGGAUUUAUGUAAUAAAAUAGAAGUAAAACAGAAUAAAAAUGAAACUAUAUAACAGAAUAUAUAAGAUCAUAUCUACAAUAAUUAACAUUGUACCAAUAUUAUAAGUAAUAGUUAGAAAUGAAAAUUAAUGAAAUUGAUUAUGAAAUUCCAAGCUUUUUUGAUAUAAGUGAAAUAAGGGAUAGGUAUAUUUUGUUUUAAAAGUAGUAUCUCUCAUAUAAGGAAGGGUUAACACAAUUUGGAUAAUUUUAAAUUAGUAUUAGACAAUAAAUUAUUAAUAUAUAGAAAUGAACACAACCAUCAUUAAUUUAAAGUUUUCAUGGAAUUUGACGGGGAUUGUAAUAUUUAUAUAAUUAUUACAAUUACAUAGGUUAGAAUUUAAUUAUUCAGAAUUUAACAGAUUAUAAUAAAAUUAAUUAGUGGAAUGCUUUUAUAAGUGUAUAAGAAAGUAGAAUGAUUAAAGAAUUACAUGAAGAUAAAUCAUUUUUGAUAUGUGAGAUUCGAGAAUUGUCAAAUCUAUUUAUAUUUAAAAGAGAAUUCCAAUAUUUGUAACAUCAUUUCAAAAUUGAUAAUAUCGAUUUUAUUGUAUAAAAAUAAAUUGAUCAAAAAUCAUAUACUAAAAAUUAUUAAGGUAGCCUUAAAUAUGGUGUAUGGGGUAUUUUAACAAGGUAUAAUGUGUAUCUCUAAAUAUUAGUGAGAAAACAACAAAGGUCUAUUACUUUUCUGAAUAAUCUAUGUAAGGAUUAUCUUAUCCAGAUGAAGAUGGAUAUCUUAUAUAAUUAUAUUUAAAGCAAAUAAUCAAUUUAUAUUAAUAUAGUAGUAAAUUUUAAUAAGAUUUAUCACAAAUUAAGUAGAAUGAACUAAAUUUAUAUGUUUAAUAAUAAUAUUAAUAGGAAUUAAAAUAAAAUGAUAUAUAAGAAAAUAAAGAGGAAUUCUUUGAUUGUGAAGAAAUAGAUGCUAUGAAUGAUAAAUUAUUUAUGGCUGGAAAUGAUUCUAAUAAAAAUAAUGAUAUAAAUGAUGAAGUUGUAAGAGAUGUUUAUGAACAGAAUGUUAGAAGAUUAACAUCUCUUCCUUAAUAAAUAGACUCAUUAGAUAAUAUUCAAGAUUGGAUAGAUAAAAAGAUGAAACUAUUUUUAUCUGGGAAUUAUAAUUCAUACUCUAUUAAUGUUAAACAUUAAUUAUAACCUAAAGAAUAUGAUCCAUUAUAGCGUUAAUUAUUAACUUAAUAGGAAGGUGGUCAUUAUAUUUUUAAGAAGGAUUUUAUAAGAGAAGAAAAGAAUGGAGGAUUAAAAGUAAUUAAUGAAGAAAAGUUGGCUGCUUAAAAAGCUGUCAUUAAAUUCCUUUUAACUAGAAUUGGUGCAUCUCUUAUGAUGGGUAAAUCAAUUACUAGUAUAUCAAUGCCAGUUACUAUCUUUGAGGCUAGAUCAAAUACUGAAAGAGUGUGUAAUAGCAUGGGAUUUGCACCUAUUUAUUUAGAAGAUGCUGCUUAAUCUUAAGAUAUUUAUUAUAGAAUAAAAUAAUGUGCUGCAUUUUAAUUUGGAUUUAUUUUUAUGUAUCUUUCUUGUGAAAAAGUAUUUAAUUUUUAUAUGGAAGCCCUUUAAUCCUAUAUUAGGAGAAACCUUUUAAGGGUUUUAUGAUAAUUGUCCAAUAUAUUGUGAAUAAAUUAGUCAUCAUCCUCCUAUUUGUGCUAUUUAAAUGUAUGGUAGAAAAUAUAGGUAAAAUUGAAUAAAUAAUCUUUAUUAGAAUAGAUGCUUAAUUGGAAUUGAUUGCUAACUUUAAUUCAAAUUCAGUAGUUGGUAGAAAUGUUGGUACAUUAAAAAUUACAUUUGAGAAUCCACAUUAAGUUGUAUUGAUAACUUUAGCUCCAGGUAGUUUGAAUGGAACAACUUAUGGAGAUAAAGUUAUGAAUUAUCUUGAAAAGUAAUUUAUAAUAGAUAUCAAAAAUAAAAUAAUUGCUGAAUUUACUUUUAAUCCAGAUAAAAAAUAUUGUUAAUUUUUUGAUAUUGAAUAUUUAAAUUAAUUAGACUAUUUAUGUGGUGCUAUUUGUGAUGUUACUGAUGCAGCUAUUUAGAAAUAUCAUAAAGAAGGUUAUCGUAAAUAUAAAGGAUUGGAUCUAAAAUAAGAUAUAAAGUAGAUAAGACAUAAAAUUAAAGGAAUAUGGGUUAAUGAAAUAAAAGUAUAUAUUCACAUUAUAUAUAAUAGAUAGAUAAUUAAAAAUUAAUUUCUAUUCAUAAUGAUUUUCCUGUUAAAAUGUAAUUGGCUUAAUAUCCAAUUCCAUCAGAUGCAAAUUUCAGAAUGGAUUUAUUAUUCUGGAAAUUGAGAGAUUUUGAUUAAUCUUAAUAAUGGAAAGAGAAACUGGAAAUCUUGUAAAGAUAAGAUAGAAAGUUGAGAGAAUAAAAAGGUAAAAAAAAGAAAUGA